AUGGCCGCGGUUGUACUAGUACAGCAGUGGGGUUCAGUCUGGGGUAUUAUUGUUUACGUCCUCUGGUGGAUCAACACUGCUAUGGCGGUUGCAUCGGUUAUGUGGAUCCCUUACGUCUAUGUGAAAGUUCAACCGCCGGGACUAGAGGCUGUCGCACCUGGGGUGCUACUGCCAUUGAUUGCAGCCCUGACUUCGGCUGCGGGUGGAGGUAUCAUCUGUCAAUAUGGGGCGCUCAGCAACCGUUUGCAAGUUCCAGUCAUCAUCGUAUCAUAUCUGGAAGUGGGUGUCGGUUUGCCACUCGCCGUCACACUGAGCGGCGUGUUCCUAACAAGGCUCUUCAACAAAUCGUUCCCCGGCGUUGAGCAUGUUUGCCAAGAUAUGAUCCUGUGUGGGCCGUUCGGCCAGGGAAGCUUCGCUUUACAAGCUCUCGGCCAAGUUGUUUUACGCGGAAGCUUUGCAGGAUAUGAUAAAGGCACAUUUUUGACUGCUGAAGCUGCCAAGCCUGUUGCUUUUGCAAGCCAAUUUGCCGGUCUGCUCAGUUGGGGGUAUGGCACGUUCUGGUGGGUUUUUGCUAUCACAAGUAUCCUGCACACUUUCUUCUCUCAGUUACGGGGCAAACGAAGCGGUGUCUAUACGAAUGCUGCGGUGGAACUAGGAAAGAUCAUGGACUCGCCAGCCUUCAUGGUGUGGUCGACCGCGCUUUUCAUUAUCUUGUUGGUGAUUGCUAUCGUGGAUCAUAUCUUCACAGUCAAAGUCUGA